AUGCGGUUCUAUCCCACAAUGACCGCCCCCACGGGUCAGAACGUGCGACGAGGCGUUUCAUUGCCCAAAAGAUAUUACAAAACAGCGCCGCAAUCAACCGACGUCGUCGGUCUCGCCGAUAACGCGUCCUCCCCCCCUUCGGGUAGCACCGUCGGUAGCCAGACCAGCGGCAGCGUGACCAGCGGAAGCGUGAGCGGUCGGAACAGAGCGGCGGGGGUUGGCGCUGCGGGAAAGACGAGAUUAGAGCCGUUCGCGGACCCGAUAGGGAUAAAGCCGUGGUGGGACAGUCAGCAUUGCCAGAAUAGUCCGCAGGAAUGCGGGGUAAUGUACGCGCCGAUUAACGUGUAUGUCAUCUGGUACGGCAAGUUCAUGGCGAGUCAGAAGGAGAUCGUGCGCGCCUUCACGCGGUCGCUCAGCCCCAGCUCGAACACCUCCAUGACGGUACCCCUGUGGUGGAACAUCAACCAGCAGUACUACGACCGUGAUGGGCGUUUCAUCUCCAGCUCCGUUACACUCGCAGGCGAAACGGAUGACACGGGGUAUUCCCGAGGCUUGAUGAUCAACGACACAGAGACCGACGUCAUCCUGUCCGCUGCCAUCAUUGGACAGAAGCUGCCCUUUGAUCCAAACGGCGUGUACUUCGUUCUCUCAGAUGAAACCGUCCAGGAGGGGACCCAGGGGUCUGGGUUCUGCAUAGACUACUGCGGGGGGCACACGUACACUGACGUCCCAGGCAAGGGCCGCGUGGCCAAAGCCUGGAUGGGCAACGCUAUCUCCCAGUGCCACACACAGUGCGCUGAGAUCUGCGACACAAGCCUCUUUUCAAUCUCGUCUGCCUUGCCAAGUUGGGACGCCAAGUUGGGACGCCAAGUUGGGACGCCAAGUUGGGACGCCAAGUUGGGACGCCAAUGCCCUGAUGGCUGCAUCACCGACCUCAUCACAAGCUCUUCCUCCUCACCCAACCGGGACAGAGGCAUGGACGGGCUCAUGUCCGUGUUUGCACACGAGCUAGCCGAGGCGACUAGUAGUCCGUACCUGCAGACGUGGAUGGACGACAAUGGGGACGAGAACGCCGAUAAAUGCGGCAUAUUCAGUCUUGAUUGA